AUGGCUGCCAACGACCUCCGGGGGUGGGUGAUGAGCGCCGUUUCAGGCGUCGCCUGCGUCCUCGGUUCAGCCAUCAUCUGUGUCGAUGUGGUGGUGCAGGUGCUUUCCCGCCGCAAGAGCUUCCAAAUCGCCAACAGCAGUAACUUCCUGUCAGCGUCAUUAUGUCUCAGCGCUGGUGUUAUGCUCUUCACCUCCCUCUAUAGCAUGCUGCCCAACUCGAAAGAGUACCUGACCCGCGCCGGCUUCUCUCCUUCUGUAUCUGCAUACAUAUUGACGAGUCUUUUUGUUACUGGAGUCGUGGUUAUCCGCAUCGUCUCCACUUUCCUUCAUCGUUUUAUUCCUUCUCAUGUCGUGGACUGCGCACAUACUCACGGCGACCCGGAGAACGAUCCCGAGCGCGGGGAGAGUCGAAUUGAGGAUGAAUACUCACAUAAACAUAAGAAUGGAGAUACGGAGCGAACACCGCUUUUGCGCCCCGCCGAGCAUUUAACUUUCAAGUCAACCCCGGCCGUGGUGCAACGGAGCCAAAACGUUGAGCCCACUCCAGUACGGCGUGAAUCCGUGCGGGCAAUGCUAUCACGCCGAAUCACCUCUAUCAUAGGUGGCGUCAAGCCUCUAUGCGAUGAAGACGGACCAUGCUUUGGAGUUUCGCAAACAUGCGGCCGCGAGUGCACUAAGGUUCUUCCUUCAGCCACUGUAGCUGCCACCGAGAUCCCUCGGCCGGGUCUGCCGCACCGACAGAGCAUCUCUGCACCUUUGGAGUCCGAGAUACCUCAUGCAGAGACUGAUGUUGACGUCAAUACUACCACCGGUGAACCUGAAGCAGGCUACUUUGACACCGUGGCUGCGCACCGUGAUUUGCACCCAUGCGUUGCAUCCUCCUCUUCAUCUCAAACCCAUGAUCAUCACUCUGAGCAUAUGCAUCACUCACAUUCCGGGCAUCACUGUCAUGAUGAGCCACACAACCAUGAGGAAGAUGCUGAUUCCGGACGUCCCAAGUCCGCCGGUGGCAAUCCCCACCACCACCAUGUACCUCAAAAUGCAUUCCUCUCCAUUGGACUGCAGACCUCUCUCGCGAUUGCUCUACACAAGCUUCCUGAGGGAUUCAUCACGUAUGCUACCAAUCAUGCCAGUCCAACACUAGGUUUGACCGUGUUCCUGGCCCUUUUCAUCCACAACAUCGUGGAAGGUUUCGCCAUGGCACUCCCCCUUUAUCUAGCCCUGAACUCCCGCUGGAAAGCAAUGUUCUGGUCCAGUCUUCUUGGGGGUAUUAGUCAACCCGCCGGGGCUGGACUAGCCGCCCUUUGGAUUUGGAGCACCGGCCAGCGCGGCAGUGGUGAUGCCACCGGCCCUUCAUGGGGUAUCUACGGCGGAAUGUUUGCAGCCACUGCCGGAGUAAUGACCUUCGUUGCCCUACAACUCUUCAGCGAAGGACUGGGUCUCACCCACCACCGCGGUAUGGGCAUUGGCUUUGCCGUUGCAGGCAUGGCGUUAAUGGGACUGAGCUUUGCAUUGACUGCUUGA